UUGCAGUGAAACAAACGUAAAGCAAUAAUACAAACACGAGUGGAGGAAAAUCUUUAAUUUAAAUGUUUCAAGUUGAUCGUUAACAUUAACUCCGGCUCAAAAAAUUUAAUCUCCAAGAGUGAAUCAGGCAGCAAACGGCAAAUAACUAAUAUCAUCGACGGCUGGCGACACAAACUAUGCAAAUAUGGAUUUUCACAUUCUGAUUGUCAUUGGUUGUGUGUUUGGGGCAUCGCUGCUCUCGUUUCUGUUCAUCAACAAGAUCUUCAGGCGCAAGACCUUCGAGGAGGUUGUCGCCGAGAAGAGGGCCAUGAGCGCCAAUUUGUAUGCGCAGAAUAAGAGUGCUGGCUCCAAUCCGGCAUCGCAGCGCAAGCCCAAAAAGAAGGAGCUGAAGCGCGAGAAGAAGCAGCGUCAGCGCGAACAGCAGAAGGACAAUGCCAGCCAGGAGGAUCAGGAUGAUUUCUCCGAUGGCGGCCAUUCCGAGGAGCAGGGCUCUGUCCAACUGGAGGAGGAAUCAUCGCAGCCCGGCUUGUCCAAGCAGCAUGUCGAAUUCGAACCAGAUCCAGAGGUCAUGAACGACCAUCAUCAUCAUCAGCAGCAGCAGCAGCGACGACCCAGCAAUGCCGAGAAGGAGAAUCAUCCCAGCAACAACAAUAACAACAACAAUAAUAACAAUAUCAGUGGCAAGAAAAACAAAAAGGAUAAACGCAAUGGAGCCGGCGGAGCCAAGUCAGCACCUGUGGUGGGCAUACUGGUGAACAAGAACGAUGUGAUCGCUGUGCGGCAGACUCCUGUCGAUGAGACGCCCGUGCUGAACAACUUUGAGGUGCGUGUGCCCAAGGAUGUGGUCGAGCUGAAGAAGCAGGAGCAUAACAACAACAGCAAGCAGCAGCAGCAGCAGCAGGCACAAAAGCGAAAUGGUGGCCCAGCCAAAAAGGAGAAGCCAACGCUGAUCAGCGCCGCCCUGGAGCAGGCCGUCGAGGUGCCGCAUGUGCCCAAGCAGGCAGCAGCCCCCAAGCAACAGCAGCAUCAGACAAGUGGCGGCUCUCCCAAGCAAGUGCAGCACAAGCAGGCCAAGCAGCAGCAACAACAGCAACCCGGAAAUAAAAGGCAGAAGGACACAAUGUUGACCGCCAAGGAUCUGGUGCAGGCGCUGGAUAAGCUCGCCGAGCAUCAGACCAUUGGUGUCUCGGCGCUGAUGAAUGUGUUUGCACGUGCCGAACUGAAUCGUUCCGAGAUCCAAAUACUCAUUGAUUAUCUGCUGAACAAGCAGCAGGAUAUGCCCGCCAAUCAUGGCGAGUGGUCCGAUGACAUUUGCCAGAAGCUGAAGCGUCAGCUGGAGGAAAAGGAGAAACUGCUCGCCGAGGAGCAAGAGGCAUCGAGCGGCAUUCAGGCCAAGUUGCGUGAAUUGCGCCAGGAGAUCAAUACGGAACGCGCCCAGAUCCACAGUCGCAGCCAGGCGUACAAUGAGAAGCUGCUCGGCAAAGAUCAGGAGCUGACCGCACUCAACCAGGAGCUGGCCAGUGCGAACGAAAAACUGGCACUGGAACGCCAACAGUUCCAGGCCAAAUUGAUGUGCGAGAAGCAGUUGCGUGUGGACAUGCUGCCACAGCUGCAACGCCUGCAACAGGAUCUCGCCCACAAGGAGAAGAUCAUCGCGGACAUGACCAGCUUUGUGAACGCCGAGGCGCAUGCCGAAACCGAACUCAUCCAGCAGCAGGCCCAGCAGAUUAUGACGCUGGAGCAGCAGCGUGACGAGCUCGAGGCGCGUCUCAAUAACAGCGUAUUCGAGCUGGAGCAGCGCAAGCAGCUCGAAACGGAAAACUCCGAACUGAAAGUGGAGCUGCGCAAUCUGAACAAUGCACUCGAAUCGGCCGGUGCCGAUCUGACGCACUCACAGUCGGAAUUGGCACGCGUCCGCAACACCGAGCUGCAGGAGUUGCGCCAACAGACCGUCUCGCUGGAGGCGAGCAAUGUCAGCCUCAACAAGCAGCUCAGCAAGGCGAACAGUCAUGCUGUGCAGGUCUCCGCCCUGCAAUCGGAGCAGGCCCAGGCCCAGUCCGAGACACUGAUCGCCCUGCAGGCCAAGCUGCGCACCCUCAACGAUGCCCAGGCUACGCAACGGCAACAGACAAGCGCCCUCCACACCCAGCUGGAGGAGGCGCAACAGCGCGCCGAGCAGCUGCAGCACAAGGAGCAACAGUUGCAGCUCGAGUUGCACGAGCAGCGCGAAAAGAAUAACGAUGUGCGUAUGAAAAACUGGAAGUUGAUUGAAGCGUUGCAAAAUGCCGAAGCAACCAGAACCACAACAAGAACAGCAAAGACGAAAACAAAUACAGCACAAACCACCUCCUUAGGCCAACAACACAAUCAAUUGCAGGAACAGCAGCAACAGUUGCAACAGCAACAGCAGCAACAAAAGGCAACCGCCGCUGCCAAUGGUGGUGGCGAGCUGAGAGCCGCUGCUACCACCGGCUCGAUAAAGGCGGAACAGCAGCGCAUCAGGGAGCUGUACCAGCGGCUGUAUCCGGAUGCGGUUAAGGCGCAUGCGGCCACAGCACUGAAUGCCUCGUUCGAUGAGUGGCUGGAGCAGGUGCUUCUCACACACAUCAAGCAGCAGCAACAGCAGCAGCCGGCAGCAGCGAUUAGCAGUAGUAAUAAGUCCACACAAUCAAACAACAACAGCAGCAGCAGCAGCAGCGAUCACAACAGCACCAGCAGCAGCAGCAGCACCCACAACAAUAUUAGUAGCAAUAAUAGUAAUUCGAAUAGCAAAUCCUUCUCCUCCUCCUCCGGUAGUGCUGUCGAGCAGCAGGAGCUGCACACACAGAACCUAAAGCUGCGCAAGCGCAACGAUGAGCUCACGCAGCUGGUCACAAAGACGAGCAACACGCUGGUGGAUUUGGAGCAGCGUGCACGGGAACAGGAUGAGCACUGGCGCGGCAUUGUUAGCCAAAAGGAGCAGCUCAUAUCCAAGCUGCAGCAGCAUCAUGCCUCAAAUGGUGAACAGGACAUUUAAUGUCGCCAUGUGAGGGAGCCGCCCUUAUUAAAUAGCAAAACCACAACGAUAAUUGACAACAAUCACAGCGUUUGUCGAACUUCCAAAAACAACAACAACAACAACAAUUCUAACAAUCUAUUAAGUUUAAUAUUACAAAUAUUUGAAAAAAAAAACUAAAAAAAAAAAGAAAGAGGAGACAAAAAAUCAAUACGAGCCCAACAACAAGAGCAACAUUUAACAUUUUAAAGUAGCAAAAAGUAAAUGAUGGAAAUAAGUAAUGCUUUAAAGAAUUACAUUUAUAUAUACAUGUACAUAUAUAUAACUGAUGAAAGCAAACAAAAAACUUGUGCAAUGUUGAACAUUUAAACGUGAAGCGAAGAAAGAUUUGAGUGUGAAUGAAAA